GUGUCCCUUGGACUGAAGAAGAGCAUCGGAUGUUCUUACUGGGUCUGCAGAAGUUGGGUAAAGGUGACUGGCGUGGGAUAGCUCGAAACUUUGUUGUGUCUCGGACUCCAACACAGGUGGCCAGCCAUGCCCAGAAAUACUUCAUACGACAGACAAAUGCAUCGAGAAGGAAGAGACGCUCGAGCUUGUUCGACAUGGUCCCUGAAAUGCCAACGGACCAGCUCCCAGUUCUUGAAGAACGGUUCAUGCACCAGUCUCCUCCUAAUGAACCUGAUAACACAAACCCGCGGCCAGCUUUAAAUCUCUGUCAAAAUCAAGAACCUGAGCUUGCUGAACCCUUAACAAAGAACAACCCCCCUCCGGAGCUUAAUGAAACCAUGCCAUACGGCGAUACCCUGAUGCCGGCAGUCCCAGCGUUCUACCCUGCAUUCAUUCCUGUGCCUUAUGCAUUCUGGCCUCCAGAUCUGACUGCACCUGCAAAACAAGUGAUGGGCGAGAUGCAUGAGAUCGUAAAGCCUACACCUGUUGUUCCCAAGGAGCCGGUCAACUUGGAUGACGUCGCGGGUAUGUCCAAACUCAGCAUCGGCGAGCAUGUUGCUGGCCGCAUGGAGCCAUCUGCUCUCUCUCUCAAACUGCUGGGAGCCUCUGGUUCAAGGCAGUCGGCCUUUCACCUGAAUCCAUCCGUCAGUGGGCCUGACCUUAGCCCGAGUAGCAGCAAUGCAAUCCAUGCAGUUUAGGCAGAAAUAGAUCAAUGGUGGACUCUAUUUGCAUUAUACAUAUUCUUUUUAUCUCAUGUUGCCGCUAAUUUAACUUGUCAUACGUUUAGGAUCCUCUUAUUCAUGUAACAAGCACCAGUCAUAUUUGUAGUUUCAUGUUCUUGUUUGUAGCUGGACAGAAAUUCGUAUCAAAUAAAUGACAUCCUUUGCUCAUAUCGGCAGGGGGUUGGAUGUUGUGAUGUAAA